UAUUUAUUUAACCCUCUUCACCCUUUUCUUCUCUUCUCUUCUCUUCUCUUUCCCAACACAAACUUAAAAAGAUUCUCCUCUCUCCGAUCCAUCACCCCAGCUUCUGCUUCUGCUUGCUUCCUGUGAAAUCAUCAUGGACGCUGCAGCAGCUGCAGCUCCAACGCCCGACGCUCCGCCGGAGGGAUCAGCAGCGCUGGUGCAGGCCGAGGGGUCGGCGGCACAGCCGGCGCCCAGCCGCUACGAGUCGCAGAAGCGGCGAGACUGGAAUACGUUCUUGCAGUACCUGCGGAACCACAAGCCGCCAUUGACGUUGGCGCGGUGCAGUGGCGCGCACGUGAUCGAGUUUCUCAAGUACCUCGACCAGUUCGGGAAGACUAAGGUGCAUAUUUCGGGGUGUCCUUAUUUCGGACACCCCAACCCUCCGGCUCCUUGUGCCUGCCCUCUCAAGCAGGCCUGGGGCAGCCUCGACGCCCUAAUUGGACGACUCAGGGCGGCCUUUGAAGAAAACGGAGGCCGUCCCGAGUCCAAUCCCUUCGCCACUCGGGCUGUCCGAAUUUACCUCAGAGAGGUAAGGGAAGCCCAGGCCAAAGCCCGUGGAAUUCCCUACGAGAAGAAGAAGCGCAAGAGAACCACAACCACUAUCUCUUCCACUGUCACCACCGCCACCGUUUCUACUGUAACCACUUCUACUUCUAAUAACCCUACUAACGGAGCAGGCGUUAGUCUACCUUCUGAUGUUCCUACUGCCACUACUCCUAAUGUUACUACUGCUACUACUUCCGUAUAGUAUAGUAUAAUUCUCAUCAUUUUUUUUUUCCAAUUUAUACUGCUAUUAUCUAUCUAUCUAAGGAGAUUUAUUAAUUCUGCUUCCGCCUUAUAUACAUAAAUAUAUUUAUUUAUGCUGAUUUCUCUAUACUUAAUAUAAAAGUUUAACCUCUAUCGAUUAAUACAUAUAUAGAUUAAUAUAUAGUGUUAACUAUAUGUCUGAUUAUGUGGUUGUAUUUAGUGUGGUGUUUCGAUACUAGGUUUCUGUCGUACGACGUGAAAUGUUUGAUCAUCAUUCUUGUGUUUCAUGAAAUGAGGUAGCGGACCGGUGGAGGCAUAGAUUGAAAUGAAUACGUUGUUUUGCUUGACACAAGAGUCCGAGGCCUUUCACUUUCGUGUUGAAUCCAUUCCUCGUUUUCUUAUGAUGAAGUUUACUGUUGGAGAGUGUGAGGGAGAGAAUCGUAUAUAUCCCUCUUUAUGGGGUUUUUCUUUGCAUUGUAUCUAUUUGUUUAUAUAUUCUCACUGGGUGGCGUAUAUUUCUA